GUAUCGAUAGUAAAAGUAUCGAAUAAAGUUGCCUUUCAUUCGCUUGUCAUCCUCACAAAAUUGCGCUUUAUUUCUCGACACUUCAAUUGGCGUCAAAGUAUUAUUAAAACUUUAUUUUGUUAUAAUGGACGAGAAUCUGAGUCUGGACGAGAUCAUUGAGCUACGCAGGAAGAGCAAUCCUAACUUUGCUCGAGGUGUGUCCAACAAGCCAACAAACUCAGUUGAUUACCGGAAUAGAUACUACCAGGGGACACAUCGCAAAAGAAAAGACUCUGCCAACACCUAUCAUAGGAAGUGGCGACCGUCGUCGUCGUCGUCUUCAUCGCCGCCGGUAAAACCUGCCAGGAGCAUCAGUUGGCAACCAAACUAUGGUAGGAAUCGGUACCUGCCCCCCAUGAACACGGGGUUCCUGCAUCGCCCUUUCAACCCAUCACUUAAAAAGCACAGGGGCUAUGUAGAUCUUGACAAUAUGCAGGACAUGGAGGAUGAAGAGAUCAUUUGCGCCCUCGAAGUGGGCUGUAAAAGGAAGAAACCAUCAUCGCCAAUAGUCACCAUUAAUUUGGACACAGAUGAUGAAUCAGAAAUGUCCAAUGCUCCCCGUUCUACUCCUCCGAAGAAGACGAAAAGCAAUGACUUAGAUCAUGGACCUCGGAAAAUUCUGGCUUCUGUAGUUAAGCAGAUCCACGAUAAGGAGGAUCAUCGCGGUAUGUCUAUGAAUAAACUGGGUUUUCGCAUUCUGGUGAGCAAUCUGGAUCCAUAUGUGACCACUUCCGAUAUACGCGAGGUCUUCUCCCAAAUUGGAACGCUGUACGAAGCUAAAGUGAUUCGACCCGGUACUGCCGAGGUUGUUUUCAAAUCCUUGGAAGAUGCCAGAGCGGCCGUGAAGGAGUAUCACCGUCGAGAGUUAGAUGGUCAGCCAAUGCAUUGUGUACUAAUCAAUGUCGAACCGCCAGUCGUUAAGGUGGACGUUGAUGUACUCCAUUCGGUGCUCUUUGGAAACCAGAAAGAGAGCCGGCCUUUGUUUAGUGGAAAACACAAAAAUCGAAAGUAAAAAUUGCAAGCUUUGCAAGCGCAUUGAAAAUGUUUCUUUGAUUUGUUAUAGUUACUUUAUUCCUAAAUAUCCGUUAUGAUCAGAAAAUAAACAUUAAUUGGAGUUACUA